AGUCAGUUGUGGAUCAGUAAUACUAAUGUACCGACACACGAACACACACAGAAGGAAUGGGUCGCGUUUGGUUUCUACGCACAGUUCUCCUUUUAUUCGUCUUACCUGGAGGAUGGUUUAAACCUGUUAUCACUCCCAAUGCUACCCAUCUGGUGAUACCUAAAGGUGGACAGCUGGAACUCAGUUGUCAUGAUGAUGCAGAGAUGAGCAAGGUGCGAUGGAUGCGGGAAAAAAGUCGGAAAAUCGAUGGAGGGCUAAAAGAAGAUGGAGUCAGUCUCAUCCUCCUCUCCUCCACACAGGUCCAGCAUAUGGGUCGUUACACCUGUGAAAACACAGAAACAGAAGAGAAGAGCUCCAUCUACAUCUAUGUGAAAGAUUCGGAGAACCCUUUUGUGCGCUCCAUGUUGGAUGGCAUUUUGGUGAGGGAAGGAGAGGAUGGCACUCUUCCUUGUUUAGUAACAGAUCCAGCUGUCAAUCACCUGUCCCUUCUGCCCUGUACUGGCUCUGCUCUACCAGCUGGCCUCACCUACAUCGCACACCCUCAGAGAGGGAUCACCAUCAGAAAUGUCUCCAAAGCUUUUGAGGGCUGCUACGUUUGUGCAGGAGAGAUGGAUGAAAAACCUGUGAAAUCAAGCCAGUAUAACUUGGGGGUGCGGCUAGUUCCAGAGACAGUGCCAAUGAUCAGCCUAUCUACAAUCGAAAAUGUGGUUCUGAUCCAUGGUCAGGAAUUUGUGCUCAAUUGUAACACCAUCAACAUCAACCAUGAUAUCAGCCUGAGCUGGAGUAUCCCAUCUGAAGCGAUAGCAAAUCGCAGCCACAAAUCAAACAUCCUGCCUGGUUCUGGAGAAUAUAAACUCUCAAUAGGACUGUCGAUCGAAUCUGUGAAGAUGACUGACUCAGGAGUCUAUCGCUGUGUUGCGAGGAAUGAGAAGGGUGUCUCUGAGGCAACUGUCAAUCUGGAGGUUUACGAGCAUGGUUUCAUUAACCUCACGGAGGGAGAGGACAGUGUGAUGGAGGUGAGAGAGGGAGAAAGUCUGACCCUCAGCGUUGAAAUGACCUCAUACCCCAGACCCACAGAAGUCUACUGGACCUAUAACAACCAACAGCUCAAAAACACAUCUGAACAUGUCAUUACACUACACAACCAGCAGUACAGGUUCAUCAGUGAACUACGGCUGGUUCGAGUUCAUGGAUCAGAGGGCGGGAUCUACACUUUCUCAGCCUAUCACAUGUAUGCAUCUGUCAAUCGGUCAUUCACCGUCCAUGUUAUAUGUAAACCAGUGAUUGUUUCCCAGGAGGGGCCUGUUGAUGGACAGGUGCGGUGUGUUGCUUCAGGAUAUCCUGUCCCAAAAAUAUCUUGGUAUUACUGCGAGCCACCACAUGCACGGUGCUCCAACCUGUUAAAUGCGACGCAGGCAGAUGAGGAGUUCACCUUUGUCACAGUGUCAGGGCCAGAAUUUGGACGAAGCGAGGUGGAAAGUCGACUUAAUGUCACCAAAGGAAAAUUUCACACUCUUGAGUGUGUGGCAACAACACAGGGAGAACAGGCCUACACUCUCUUUUCCAUCAGAGAGAGAACAGUGCCCCAUAAACUCUUCACACCUCUGCUGUCCUGUGUUGUGUCCACUGCUGUUCUGCUCAGCAUCUUUUUGGUGGUUUUGCUCUACAAAUACAUGCAGAAACCCAAAUAUGAGAUCCAUUGGAAAGUGAUUGACAGUUUUGAUGGCAACAAUUAUACCUACAUAGACCCAACGCAGCUGCCUUAUGACCCCAAAUGGGAGUUUCCACGAGAGAGACUGCGCUUUGGUAAAAUCCUCGGCUCUGGAGCAUUUGGUAAAGUGGUGGCAGCUACAGCAUAUGGACUUUGCUCAGCUGACACAGUGACCACUGUUGCUGUAAAAAUGCUAAAACCGAGUGCUCACUCCACUGAGAAAGAGGCUCUAAUGUCGGAGUUAAAAGUUCUGAGCUUCAUUGGCAACCAUAUAAACAUCGUCAAUUUGCUUGGUGCCUGUACAGUAGGAGGCCCCACUCUGGUGAUCACAGAAUACUGUUGCUAUGGCGACCUGUUGAACUUCCUCAGAAGAAAGCGGGAUGCGUUUUUCAGUUCCAAAACAGGUGAUGGAUAUUACAAAAAUCUGCUCAGCCAAACUCAGCCUUCGAGAGAGGGCACUGAUAAUGGAUACAUGCCUAUGAGGUCGUAUCAGAAGAGAUCCAAUCAGACAGAAUGGAGUGAUGAUAAAGACGAUCUCUCUUUGGAUACUGAGGAUUUACUCAGCUUCUCAUAUCAAGUGGCUAAAGGCAUGGACUUCCUCACGUCAAAAAAUUGCAUCCACAGAGAUCUGGCGGCCAGGAACGUACUACUGACUCAGGGUCGAGUAGCAAAGAUAUGUGAUUUCGGUUUGGCACGUGACAUCACUAGAGAUUCCAACUACGUCCUGAGAGGAAAUGCACGUUUACCGGUGAAAUGGAUGUCCCCAGAGAGCCUGUUUGCUUGUGUGUACACUUUUGAGAGUGACGUCUGGUCCUACGGCAUCUUAUUGUGGGAGAUCUUCUCUCUGGGUAACACGCCAUAUCCAGGUAUUCCAGUUGGAUCCACAUAUUAUAAGAUGAUUCAGGAUGGAUACCGAAUGAGUGAGCCGGAGUUUGCCCCAAGUGAAGUUUAUGAGGUGAUGAGAUGGUGUUGGAGUGCUGACCCUCUGAAGAGACCAACCUUCAAGAAACUGGUGGAAAGGACUGAACUCCUGCUGUCGGAAAUCACCAAACGCGAUUACUUGAAUCUCAGCACUAGUGGCAGCUGUGAGGUGUUUGUUCCUCCAGACCUGCAGAGGGCACAAAGGCUGAGUUCUGUGGGCAGCUCGACAGCCUCAACUCAACCCCUCCUGCAGGCAACAAAUGAUGUUUUUCUGGAACAUCAGAGCAUAUAAACGACGUCUCGUUCUUUGUUUUGCCUCAAAAUCACCAUUAUCUCAAUAUGUUUGACCUAAAAGCCUUAUAUUCCAUUUAAGUUUGAACUUUAACUGUGGCAUUUAAGGGCACCUCCUGCUCUCUGUUUGGUCAAAGCAACUCCAUUAGCCUUGUCUUCCAUUAUAUUUCAAAUUGCUCAAGAUACAGCAUGUCCAGCCAUGUAACUGUUAAUGUAUUUUUCUAAAUGCAGCAGGGCUCCAUUAUAUGGUAUUGAUCUGCAUGGUAUUUUGAGUGCAUGAGCAGCUACCAUGGCCAGGCAAGCAUUUAGAUAUAGAACCUAAUGUUACCUCAUCAGACAAAUGACCAGCUCUAUUGGUGACAUCAUGGUGUAGUGACUCUGUGAUGAUGAUAUUGUACAUCUUUUGUCUUUGACCGGGUGAACAACUGCAAGAACAGCUUGACUGAACAGUAAAUGGUAAUGAUAUUGAACCAAGGUGAGUCCUGUUUAAUGUGUGACUAUCUGAAGCACUUAAUACCAAUAAAUGAAGGUUCUCGUUCAUGCAUCUGUACUGUUUUCAGCAUGUGAUAACACUUAAGUGAAUGUUAUAAUGCAUUAUUUUAUCUAUGAGAUCCCCAUCUCAACUUCAGGUUUACUGGUAUAACAGUCAUAUUUAAUAGCAGAGAAAAGAUACCUAGGAUGUGUUUACAUUGGUAUUCUUUUUGUUUUGUUUUUUGGAAUUGAACAUUUGAGCGGUUGAAUAUGUAUAUAUACACACACACACAAGUUAAACGUUUGUUAUUGUGCAUAUGAGAUAAUCAUAUUUGGAUUGUACAUUGUUUCUUGUAAUAACUGACUAUGUUCCACUUGGCUACAUUAGCUGGCGUAAAACAUAAGAUUUUGUUCUCGAAGCAUGCUUAAAAGAUUAUAAACAUAUCAGACAUCUGCUAUUAACAUGCUAAUUAUUCCAAAGUUUAUACUAAGUUAUUCCAUAAAGAAUCCUGCCAACUAAACCAUGUUUGAAGGAUGGAAUGUUGGCCUCAAAAAGAAUGAAUGACAAGUAACUACUAUGGGAUUUGACUCUGUAAAAAUCUAAUGUGUCAGCUAUUUUUUAAACUUUUAGAGUGUUAUGUCAGAAGAAAAAGGCCAGUAGGGAAUGAUGUGACUUUUUAUAUGAAAUAAAAAUGAAAAUAAAAUAAAAAAAUCGAAAGUGUCUAAAGGAUCUAUUGUAUGAAUUAAUUGUGCAAUUCCUUAAUAGCUAUGCAAUGUUUUGAUAAAGUACAAUGGCGUUUGUUUCAAUGCCCCCCUUCUAAUUUGGACAAUCUGAACUAGCUCAA